AUGUCUCCAACACCAUCACCUAAUGUGAAAACUAUGUCUGAAACUAAAAAAAUUCCAUCCUGCCUUAUCUAUAAGCAAUGUAAAAUCUCUUUUUCCAAUUACAUUGGAUUUAGAAUAUGGGCAGUACCACUCUUGGUUGGCAUUAUUCAAAGUUCAAGCUGGAUUUACGCCACGAUCUCUACCGACAUCCUCACCACCAUUCUCAUUGACGAUGAAUCGGCUGAACAUGCUUGGAAAAGUGUUGCUAAUACUUUUCAAGACAAUAAAAAUUCAAGGGCUAUUUACCUUAAUAAGGAAUUUACCAACACAAACCUUAUUGACUUUUCAACGAAAAAUGCUUAUUGUAAUCGUCUUAAAAGUCUUGCCGAUCAACUAGCCAUUGUCGGGACUCCAGUCACUGAUCAUAGUAUGGUUCUGAAAAUGCUUCAAGGCUUGACAAAACAAUAUUCAAAAUUUUUCACCGUGAUGCAGAACAAGAAGACCUUACCUACCUUUGCUAUUGCUCGAUCCAAACUCGCAUUGGAAGAGACUACACUUUUGGAGCGAGCAAAGCAAGAUUCUGGUUCAACUUCCCUUGUUGCUAAUAAUUAUUCUUCUGAUGUUGGUUCCUCUUUCCAAACACCAUAUCAAAAUAAUAAUACCAAAUAUCGUAAUAAAAAUAACGCCAACGGUGAUAACUACCAAGCUAGUGGAGGACGAAGCAACCACUGCUGUGGUAGUAAGACCGGUGGUGGAUAA